AGCCGGUGGAUGGCAAGCUACUGCUGAGAGUUGGGACUCACUACUCGUCAGUGAAGCAGCUGCUACUGAUACGCCAGCUCAUAAUCAAUCUGAGCUCUUCAAACCCUGCCGAGCCAGGAGGAGAAGGGUGGAAGUACACAGCACAGUUUGGACGAGACUCCACGAGGAAGUCUGUGGCGUUGUUUUUUCAAGGUUUUUUGUCUUUCUGCCCCCUUUGCCUCGGAAUAUCACAGAUAAACAUUCAUGGGCAGCCUGGGUGUUUGGACUGUGGCUGUGGCCACUUUGCUGGGGACAUCAGGGUGGUGGCUGGUCGAAGGGCACAGGAGCGGCAGGCAAGGCAGUGUGGAUGCACCCAUCAUGCUACGUACCUCCUCCCAGGAAGCACACUCCAUGGAGAAAGAAAAGGCAGACGGGAACAUCGAUCAUUCCCGUUCUGAUCCAGAUGGGGGCCCGUGUCGGCGGACCUACUGUGGACGGGGCCGACAGUGUGUGCUGAUGGCAGAAACUGGGCGUGCAGAGUGUAUCUGCCAGGAAAAAUGUCGACCCUCCUUUGUUCCUGUAUGUGGCUCAGACGGCAGGUUCUACGAGAACCAUUGUGAGGUUUACCGCACCGCCUGCCUGGAGAGGAGACGGAUCUACGUGGUACACAGCAAGGACUGCUUCUUCAAAGGCAGUGCAUGCACCAUGUCAGAGUACAACAAGCUGAAAAACACGUUGUUGGAUAUGCAGCCAAAAGUACAGAAGGAAGGACAGCAGAACCACCAGAGCGACAUGGAGGAGAAGAGAGCACUGGUGGACACCAUGUUUAAAUACCUGGAUGAGAACCAGGAUGGCCGGCUGGUCAGCAACGAACUAGAAAAAAUUUCAAUGAAAGAGCAUCUGGAAGACAGUCUGUUGGAGUGCACCAUGCAAGAUCUGUUGCGUUACGACGACUAUAACAAUGACGGACACCUCAGCCUACAUGAGUUCUACACGGCUUUCCAGGUUGUUCAACUGAGCCUGGCAGAUGACCAGCGAAUCAGCAUCUCCACGGUAACAGUGGGGCUUAGUGCUGUCCUAACAUGUGCCAUCCAGGGGACAUUGCGACCACCAAUUAUCUGGAAGAGGAACGGCAUCAUAUUGAACUUCCUGGACCUGGAGGAUAUCAACGACUUUGGGGAUGAUGGCUCCCUGUACAUCACCAAGGUGACAACAAUCCACAUGGGAAACUACAGUUGCCAUGCCUACGGCUAUGAAAACCUCUAUCAGACGCAUGUUCUCCAGGUGAAUGUCCCUCCAGUGAUCCUGGUCUACCCAGAGACGCAGGCCCAGGAGCCCGGUGUUUCUGCCAGCCUUCACUGCCAUGCUGAUGGCAUCCCAAAUCCCAAACUUCUCUGGCUGAAGAAUGGCAUGGAUCUGCAGACUAGUUCCUCUAAACAGCUUUCUCUCAUAGCGAAUGGUAGUGAGCUCUUUAUUGGCAGUGUGCGGUACGAGGAUACCGGGGCCUACACCUGCAUCGCCAAGAAUGAGGUGGGAGUGGACGAGGACAUCUCUUCUCUCUUUGUUGAAGAUUCAGCCAAAAAGACCCUUGCAAACAUUCUUUGGAGAGAAGAAGGGCUGAGCGUGGGAAACAUGUUCUAUGUAUUUUCUGAUGAGGGUAUCACCGUUCUUCAGCCAAGUGAAUGUGAAAUACGCAAACACAUGAAGCGGACAGAGAGAAUUGUUGCUACCUAUGAGGAGAUGUGCCCUAAAGGUGAGGGGGUGUCACUUCAGCAUUGCGUGUGGUCCUCAGCAGUCAACGUCAGGGAUAAGUACAUCUAUGUGACCCAGCCCCUACAGAGCCGACUGCUGGUUGUCGACAUCCAAGCACAGAAGGUGGUUCAGGCAGUAGCAACCGAUUCUUUCCCGGUGAAGGUGCUCUAUGACAAAUCACAUGACCAGGUGUGGAUUUUAACAUGGGGAGACAUGGACAAAACACAUCCAACACUUCAGGUUAUUCCUCAGGCCAGUGUCGGGGAGGUGCAUCAUGCCAUUCGCACAACUUUCCAAAGGGUGAAUGACUUCUUCAUCCCUCCAACUAACCUCAUCAUCACUCACGUGAGGUUUGCCUUUGUCUUUCUCAAAAAUGAACCAGCGAUACACAAGAUUGAUCUGGAGACCUUCCGCCGUGUCAAGACCAUCAGUCUGAAGAAUUACAGCUGCAUACCAGACAGCAUGGCCUACACACACCUGAGCGGCUUCUACUUCGUUCAGUGCCAGAGCAAGAGCUUUCUGUAUGCCCCGCCCCAGCUCCUGAUUGACAGCGUGACCGAUGCUGUGAUUGGCCCGAACCUAAAUGUCACAGGCCAGGCUUAUGUGUCGCCAGACGGCCGCUAUAUUGUAACACCUGACCCACGGAGAUCAAAGCUAAUAGUUCAGACUGUGUCCUUCCAGGGAGAGUUGGGUCUGAAUCAGGAAAUACACGCGCAUGUAAAUGUCUCUGAUCUGGUUUUCCAGCCCUCUUUCACAGAGUCUAACCAACAUGUGGUUGUGGCCACCUCGGGCUCAGGCACGGACCUCCUCUUUGCCGAUCUGUCUUCAGGCCGUACUGAGGUUCUCCAAAGCCUCAAGGAGCCCCUGGCUCCUCAAGCCUGGCCCUGGGGAGGCCCAAACAGAGUGGUGGUCUCCAGCGGGCUGUUCGGACAGUACCUGGUGACGCCAUCAGUCGAGUCCCUCUUUGUCCUAAAUGGAAAACAGAGAACGCCACACUGCGAGGUGUCAGACAUCAAUAGAGGAAACACAGUUGUCUGGGUUGGUGAGGUAUGAAGUAAGAAAAAAAGGGGGGGUAUAAAAAAAGGAGAUGUAGAAUUAGUAAAAGACGUAAAUUAAAUUUUAAAAAGGAUGAGGAGAUAUCAGGCCAAAUUACCUAUAAUUAAGAUUUAUGUGAACAUUUGUUGUGGACUCAACCCUGGGACUGAGCUAGAGGGAACCAUGGCUGGGUUUUCUGUAACAAAUACAAUUAAAAAAAUAGCAACCAAGAAAAUAUUAAGAAAACAUGUUGUGAUAUUUCUAUUGGGAGAAAGUGUCAAUGCCGUUCAGUGCAACAGUGAUCUAUGUGCACUAAACUAUACAGAAUUGUACAUUAUUGCACUUCCUUCCAUGCUAUCACAGCAAAUAGGUACGUGAAGAGGAGUUAUUAAUGAACUAUGAACUAUGCACAAUGCUCACUUUUUUUAGAAUAAAAAGCUUUCCAGUUUUUGUUUUUUCUCAACAAUGUUUGUCGUUUUCACCAGUGCUGCAUAUAAUCACCACAAACUGUAAGUCCUGUCUGCCGUUAGCGUGUACGUGUUCAGUCUUUUUAAAAGCUACCAAGACCUGUUAAUUCGCCUUUGUCAUGGUAUUGUACUGUACUCUGCCUCUGGAAGCUUUCAUUCUCCUCAUACUAGCAGAGGUUGGCUUUAUGCACAUGUGUAAUACCCUCUAUUUACGUUGUCUAUCCAAAGAGCCCAAUUGGUCCAUUAGCCGUCGACAAUGGAUGUUUCGGAAGCAGAGGAAAUGAAAAGUACAUUCUCUGGUCUCCUGCAGCAGUAUAAUGUGUCCCCUGUUGUCCCUCACAUUAAGUCUGAAUCUGCAGCAGAGCUCUGUGCUGUGAAGCCUGAAAUAUCCACUUAUGCCACUUAGCAGAUUCCCUCAGAGUAAUCACUCCGGUUUAUACUGACCCAUAUGCCGAGGCCGAGUCAAGGCAUCGUCAACUCAGCUAUCGGACGGGCUGUGAGCAUUUGUGUGUCCUCUCAGAGAGCUGCGCAACAAGCAAAAACGAGGUGCGGAUAGAAAACAGAUAAUUUGUAUUAGUUACCUUCCAGUCAUCAUUUAAAACCUGCUGAAUAGAAAAUAAAUUUUUAAUUUUAUCUUAAAGCUUGAGAACUGUUUGAAAACUAGAGAUACAUUUAGUAUUAUGUAAUAUAUACAAGACUACUGAUUGUCAGACAACAUAAAUAAGUGUACAGCUGUGUCUUAUAGUUAUUAUUAUUCCAAAAUUGUUUAAUACACUUAAAAAAAAGUUUUGACACAGUAACUGAAUAACCACCAGCAACUCUUCUAAUAAAACAGCACAUUUUCUGUCUGUGGUUGAACUUCAUCAUCCUCAGCCUAAUUGUGUUUUUUCACUUGCACUAAUCAUCACAAUGAUGAGCCAUUAGCAGCAAGACAGUAAUUUAUAAGACCUAGU